CUCAGACCCUGAGAAACGAGUUUGGCAUCUCUUCGUGGCUCUUUCCAGAGGCAAGAUGUAAUGUUGAUGAGCCAUAUAAUUGCCUUUUUGAUAGACAUACAUCAAAGAAAAACAUGUCUGGUCAAGAUACAGGACACAUUUUAAAGUACUGUGUAGGAAUCGUGAUAGCUGUCCUUCUGACUCAUGGAUGUGUUGUGGAAACACUUGAUUUUCCAGAAACAAGUAUAGAUUUAGAGUUAAGCUACAUAGAUGGGCAACUACAUCACAGAAUACCAAGAAGCACAGGAUUAGAGCUGUUGGAGUUCAUUGUGGUUGUUGAGGUGAAUGCGUCGCAAGCUGUGGUAAUUGAACAGAUCAGAGCGUCGUUGGCCUCCAUCGCGUUUCCUCUUCAACUGGACAACAGCACUGAAGUUACUGCUGCAAACAUUACAACAGUGUGCCAAACAAAUGUGACCGACUACCAGUGUGUAUGUGAAGAUGGCUAUGCAUGGUCAUACAACAACUGCCAGAUAUAUAAGGCCUGUGGCCAGAUCGGUUUUGGCUCAUGUGGAUGUAUCAAUGGUAUUCCCAGUGAUGGAGAGAUGUGUGUGCUGGAGAGUGAACUGCCCUUUACAGACUUCUUGUUUGAAAUUGAGCUGGAAUCAUCAAGCAUCGCUGUGAUCAAUGAGAUGAGGCAAUAUCUGCAGAACAUCACCUUUCCACUUCAGUUUAGUGAGGUGGUUGAAGUAUUAGAUGUGGACAUCACAACAGUGUGCAAUUUUAGUGACAGUGGAUACAAGUGCAUAUGUGAGGACCAAUACUUCUGGCCGUGUGAUAAAUGCAAAGAAUAUGGGAGCUGUGACAGCAUUAUUAACAACACGUGCAGCUGCAUCAAUAAUAUUCCAAGUGACAGACAGUUCUGUCAAGCAGUCAGCGAGAUAACAAAUAACACGGCAUGCGGGCAACCAACAUCAGUUUCUGCUGAAUAUCUAACUGAAAUUCAGAUAGAUGUAGAGAAUGCUGCCACCAUUGAUCAGCUGAGGACCUUUCUGAUGUCUUUCAAUUUGCCCUACACAGUCAGUGACAGCACUAACAUUACAGAAAUCAACAUGACUACUGUGUGUUCUUUGAACCAAACACAGUAUCAGUGUAAAUGUGAGGAUCAGUUUGUUUGGCCGAAUGACACGUGUCACUCAUACGAGGCCUGUGAUGACAUCACUGAUAGUUCAUGUACAUGCAUCAAUGACCUUCCAAACGACGGACAGUUCUGCCAGUUAAAAGAAGCUUGA